ACGUAACAAAUGUUAAUGAUCAAAGGUGUCUGAUAACUAAAAAUCAUUGACUAAAUGCUGACUUUGCUGCAGAGGAUGCAUGGCGAAUUAUUCACAGAUUCAGAGCAGGACUGGAGCAGCUCAACAGAAUCUGACUGGAUGAGUGAGAUUGGAAAAGGGAAAGGAAAACAAGGGGUAAAAAGAAAGUUGAAUCAACAAAAUGGUUACAAGAAGAAAAUGGAAAGAACUAAAAACUCUAGUCUUCCAGGGGUAGACCUAACGGAUAUCUUUCAAGAAAUCAGAAAAAAGGACCAGCUGGCCGUCCAUUGUGGAAAACUUGCAGGUCGUCUGUACAGAAUAAAAUAUGACAAUGGAGAGAAGUGUAUUUCAUGUAAAGGGAAAUGGUUUACGCCCAGUAUGUUUGAGAAGUUUGGAGGAAAAGGACAUCACAAGAAGUGGAAGAGUAGCAUCUAUUACAACCCAUCAAAUGGCUUCCAACAAUUUAAAUUACUGGAACUCAUACAAAAUGGGUGCCUUUCAGAAUUUGGACAACUGAGGUCAAAUAGAGAGGGGACAUCAAAAGGAUUGUUUUCCAAGACUCUGGAAACACCCGUAUGUGGAAUUGAAGAGGAAACAAUCCAGCUGGACAGUUUUUCAGAUGAGUCUAUAACUGUUGCUGAAAGAGUCAAAAUGAACAGGAGAGAAUCUGUAAUUGUAGCUGAAACUUUCCGAGAGAAGUUCACCGAACCGGUAGAAUCUACUGCCAUUGCUAGAGAACCUGCAGUAUCAAGACAACUGAGGGAGUCAAUUAGAGAGGUGACACCGAAAGAGUCCCUGAAAAUAUUUUUAUCCAAGAGUCUGGAAAUACCUGUGUGUCGAAUUGAAGAGGAAACAUUCCAGCUGCAUCGAUUUUCAGAUGAGUCUGUAUCUGUUGCUGAAAAGGUCAAAAUGGCACAGAACAGGAAAGAAUAUGUGACUUUACCUGAAGCUGUCAGUAAAAAGAUCACAGAAUGGGUAAAAUCUACUGCCAAAGUUAGAGAUUCACCUGCACCUCCCACUGAUGCUACAGAACCUGCAGUAUCUCCUGUCAUAGAUGAGGCUGAUCAGACCACAGAUGAAGCAGGUGAAGCAGCAGCAGCUCAGCUGAACUUCAAUGAUUCCCCCAAUGAUGCUACAGAACCUGGAGUAUCUCCCGUCAUAGAGGAGGCCGAUCUGCUUCAUCAGACCACAGAUGAAGCAGCAGGUGAAGAAGCAGUAGCCCAGCUUAACUUCAGUGAUUCUCCCACUGAUGCUACAGAACCUGGAUUAUCUCCUGUCGUAGAGGAGGACAGUCAGACCACAGAUGAAUCAGCAGGUGAAGCAGCAGCAGCUCAGCUGAACUUCAGUGAUUCUCCUGCUGAUGCUACAGAACCUGAAGUAUCUCCCAUCGUAGAGGAGGCUGAUCUGCUGCUUCAUCAGACCACAGAUGAAGCAGCAGCAGCUCAGCUGAACUUCAGUGAUUCUACUGCUGAAUGGCAGAACCCUGAUACUUCUAAAAAGACUAAGAAGACAGAACAGAUGCAGUUAAUACAAUUUCUGGAAAAUCAGUUUAAUACCAUGAACAACACCCUAAAGUCAAUUGAUUUGUCUUUAAAGAAGCUGGUGGAAAACCAGUCACAACACACACCGCCUCAAUAUAUCUAUCUAAUUCCUGCUGAUUUUGAAAAUACCCAGAUUAAUUCCUUAAUCAAGAAGGAGCCAGUCAAAGAAGGUGGGGGUAGUACUGAGGAAGCAGAACUGUGAUCUGCGAGGUUAUCAAUAAAUGUAUUAUUAUUAUUAUUAUUAUUAAAGCUGCAGUAGGUAACUUUUGUAAAUAUAUAUUUUUUACAUAUUUGUUAAACCUGUCAUUAUGUCCUGACAGUAGAAUAUGAGAAAAUCUGUGAAAAAAUAUCAAGCUCCUCUGGCUCCUCCCAGUGGUCCUAUUGCCAUUUGCAGAAAUACAUCAUCCCCGGUAAGAAACAACCAAUCAGAGCUGCGGUCCGUAACUUUGUUUGUGUUCAAAAUGUAGAAAAAUGUAUAUAAUAAGCGAGUACACCAUGAAUCCAUUUUCCAAACCGUGUUUUUGGCUUGUCCUGAAUCACUAGGGUGCACCUAUAAUAAGUGUUUAUAUUCGGACUAUUUUAGAUUGCUUCGGGGGUACCGCGGCGGAGUAACCCAGUACCUUUGUGAUUCUUCAUAGACAUAAACAGAGAGAAGUAGCUCUGGCUACGAUGUUCUUCCGCAAGAAGCAAGCAGUUCUGUUUAUUAACCGCUAGAGCGUCAAAAGUUCCCUACUGCAGCUUUAAGUUUGUUUCAGCAUAAGAAACUAAUUCAUACCGGUGUUAAACAACUUGAGUAAAUGAUAGACUUUUCUGCCCAGUAAGGCUGUUUUGAUUCCGAAAUUUUUUGUAUCGAGUCCAAUUCCGAUUCCUGGUCCUGGAAUCGAUGGAAAUUGAUUCCAAGAAUCGGUUCUUCACUUUGGUGAGGAAAGAAUCUCACCAUGAUAAUUGCAGAAUAGGUCGUAGUGUCGUUCUCAUAAUAUGAAGCUUUAUUUGUAUGUGUGUGUGUGUAUAUAAUGAUACUGUAUGCAAAUAAAGCAAUAAACUCCGUGAAGCAGUGGUUUACAGUGAAUGUAUAACAGUUAAGGGGCGUUGUUAGAAAACGCAAAAAAAAACUUUAGCUGUUAAAAAUGUACUGUAAACCACAGCUUAACGGGGCUUAUUGCUUUUAUAAAAUGGUAUUCCACAUACAUUGUAAAGUUUCACAGAAUAAAAAAGAGCAAAGCUAAUGAUGGCUGAUAGAAAUUUAAAAAAAAAAAUAGUAUUUUAAAUGUUAAUAAGAUUAAGACCCUAGAUAAUGUCAUGAUCUCUUCUGUUGUGCACAUGGACUGUAUGGUCUUCUGAAUCCUGUACAUUUUGUAAAAAGGAUACUGAAACGGUCUUACAUCUUUUCUUUGAAUGUAUGUACAGUAUGUGAAGGUUUUUUUGUGUUUUUUUUUGUGAUUGAUGUGGAAAAUUUAUUUAAUAUGUUGAGUGGAAUUAAAAUUUGCACAGAAAUUUUCAAACCGCAAACAACAAGAACUAUGGGCAUCGUCAGAGAAUUACAUUUCUCUUCUUUAUUAUAAUUAUACAUGUAUACUCCCUUUCCGUUGUUUUUUUUUUUUUUUUUUUAUGUGUGAAUCAAAUGUCCUUUAAUUUCAUUGAUACGAAUGUUACCUUUAAUGCUCUUCAUAUCUUAUGAUGCUUUGGAAUCAUUUAGAACAGUAUUUGUGAAAUAUUUGUAUUUGGGUCAAAGACGUUAAGAUGUCCGCAUCAAAAGAAAUGUACAAAUGGACAUUUUUGUCCAUAAAAAGCACAUUAAAUGUAAGUAAAAUGUCUACUUUUAAGGUUUCAAAUAAGUUUUUGGAGAAUAAAAUGUCAAAAUUUGGUUAAAAUAAUGUAACAUUGUCAUUGUCAUUCAUAUUUAUGCAAAAAUUCAAACAACAUGCUUAUUCUGACAUGUACAUAUUAAAAUAUCUAAAAGAAUAAUGGAGCAUACAACAUUUUAUUGUGUUUUAAAUUAGUAAAAAAAAAUCUUGACAAAUGGGCAAAACCAAGGAUAGUGGCAAAUGUUAAAAAUGUAAAAUUACAACUCAUUAGUAUUUGGGGUGAAAGUAAUUAGUCUUUUAAUAUGUCAUAAAUUGAUUUUUGUUGUAAAUAUGCCUGACAAGAUUGUUACACCUGGGGGGUGGAGGGCACUACAACAGUUGAAAGCAGUAUUACACUUUUUAUGCUUUUAACACUUUUUCGUCUUUGACCAAUUUACUGUAUUACUUUAUGUAUAAUUCUGUAUAUGUAUAAUUGACCGUAAAUAAAAACUUCUGAAUGUU